GGGGGAGAGAGAGUGAGUGAGUGUGAGAGAAGGAGAGAGAGACCAUCACAGCAGUCAGUUCGCUGGAAAACGCUCGUGGAGGAUUCUUUAACUUUUAUAUUAGUAUGAAGUGAGCUUUGCAGGGACCAGUCUCAUGAGGAGUUCCAGGAGAUUUACCGAAGACUGCAAACUUUUUAGUUGACUUGUCUUUUUUUUUUUACACUCGAUGAUUUACGGUCAACUGAGCGGUGGCAGCCGGAGGAGCAGGUGAAGAAGAGAUUCAAAAAGCGGGAUCAACAACCACCAACUCAGCGGGGAAGUCUUCACAAAGGUGCUGGCAGGAUCGCAGAACAACUUGUCCAAACUAAAUUCUGGUCUUUACAAGUAGCCAUGGCUGCCAACAACACCCCUCACGGCUGUGGCCCCAAUGUGGACUCCCUCUAUUACAACUUGUGUGACCUUGAUGCUGUGUGGGGCAUCGUGCUGGAGGCCUUCGCGUCGGCUGGCAUCGUCUUCUCCAUUGUGCUUUUCAUGGCGCUGCUGGCCAGCAUACCCUUUACGCAAGACAAGAACCGCAAGAGCUCGGUGGGCCUCCACGCCUGGUUCCUGUUCUUCACGAUGGGUCUCUUCUGCCUGACGUUCGCCUUCAUUGUGGGAAAGGAUUUCUCCACCUGUUCCUCCCGGAGGUUCCUAUUCGGGGUGUUGUUUAGCGGCUGCUUCGCCUGCCUCCUAAUGCAGUGCGUGAGGCUGAACAUCCUUGCCAGGCUGAACAGUGGGCCCCGGGCUUGGGCCUUGGGUCUGGGGGCAGUGGCGCUGUGGCUGGUGGAGGUGGUCAUCAACACAGAGUGGCUCAUCAUCACCAUAGUGCGCCACCCACAGGGGCCACUCAACGCCACAGCCGAAACUAGCACAGCAACGGCUACUCCUUGCAACAUCGCCAACGAGGACUUCGUCAUGGCGCUGAUCUACGUGAUGACCCUGAUCCUGGCUGUGGUGGUGGCAAGCCUGGCCAUCAUGGCGGGUAAACACAAUAAGUGGAAGAAAGACGGUGCCUUUAUCCUUCUAACCAGCUUGGUCUCCGUGGGAAUUUGGGUGGCGUGGAUCGCCAUGUACAUCUACGGGAAUGAGAGUAGAGGGGGGCCCACAUGGGAUGACCCCACCUUGGCCAUCGCCUUGGUAGCCAAUGGAUGGGCGUUCCUCAUCCUCUACUCCAUUCCUGACAUGUGCAGUUUAAGCGGUGACGAUGACAGCCAGCAAAGCUUCGGGGACGAUCUGUACCCCAACAGAGGAGUCGGCUACGAGACCAUUCUGAAGGAGCAGAGCUCCCAGAACAUGUUCAUGGAGAAUAAGGCUUUCUCUAUGGACGAGCCCAACCAAGGGUCCAAGCCUGUGUCUCCGUACAGCGGCUACACAGGGCAGGUGAGGGGUUCAGUGUACCAGCCCACUGAGCUGGCCAUUAUCAGCAAAGGAGGGGGGAUUCACCCUCCGGACGUGUCCUACGACAUGAUCAUCCCCAGAGCCUCAGCCAGCUCAGUAGCCAACAGCGGGAGCAGCACCCCCUCGACCCGCACUGACAGCGGCAGCACCGCACACACAAACGGACACAGCGGAAAUGGUCUGCAGAGGACGUCCCAGUGGUGAAGAUCCCCAAUACCCCUUCAAAAUAACUUAAGUUCAUGUCUUUUAAUUUGCACCUGUUGGCUGUAGUUAUGCUGUUCUCCAUGGUUCCCUAAGCUGUUUCUAAGAGGAACCUUCAGCCCAGACAUGUGGCGAACGCUGCCUCAUUCCCACUGAUGGAAAACAGCUUCUGUUGACCGUUCUUUCCCAUGAGCCUCUGGGUGUCAGAAGUUUAGAGCUUCAUUUGGAAGUCAAAGCGAGGGGAUGAAGCAGAACAAAGACUUUUUGCAAUGGCGGCCUUUCACUGGGAAUGGACUGUGAGCUCUCUGCUGGAGCCAAUCACAGCUGCAGAGUGACGGGCUGACGGUGCAAAUAUCAUCUCCACGUGUUCACACACACAAACUCCAUGAAUGUCACUGCAGCGGCACCAAUGAAACCAUCUUCACUUAUAUUUAACAUAUUCUGCACAUGUGAGUUUAAUUAUAAGAUCUAUUCUUGUGCCUCUAUUUGUGAAUAUUGUUAACAACCACACAUACAAUUGAACUUCUGGUGUUGGAUUAAUGUAAAUAUGUUAUUAAUGUGUCAAUGGUUCAACACUGCAUGAAAGCAUUUUAUGAAUAUGUGUAUUUAAUACUAUUUAUAGCACCGCUGUAUAAAUUAUCACUUUUAAUAAUCAAAUAAUCAUUUGAAUAGAGCCAUAAACACACCUGGGAUUAGCUUGUUUCACUUGCUUAUAAUGCUUAACGUAUUUUCAUAAUACCAUGAUACUUUUAAAUCCAUAAAUAAAUAUCUAUCUAAUCCA